AUGACCACAUCCGAGGUAUUGUUUGCUUUGACGUUAUCCUUGAAAAGACCCGACGACUUCGGCGGCUGGGCCCUCCCCCACGCCCCGGCCCACUCCACCGUCAACAAACCUCCCCUCAUCCACCCCAAUUCCCCAUCUCCUUCCUACGCCCUCCUCGGCUUCGGCACUUCCCUCGCUCUUCUCCUCGCCGUCUUCGCCGCCUCCAGGAGAGGGUUCCACGUUCCGUUCGCGAGACCGUUGCAAGGGCUGUGGACUCGCGUGGAGACUCGCCGUGAUCAAAACGACACUCCGGAGUCUGACGUUUCUGCCGGAACCAAGUCAACUGUGUCCGAGAACAGCGUUGCCGUUACGGAAACUGGUAGAUGCUUCGUGCUUUUUGUUUUUUUCAUCAUGAUAGUGAUAACUCAGGCUGCUGAGCAGUUUAUUCAACCUGCCGAGGUGGCAGGAGAGGUUGCCGAGGCGGCGACUCAGGCUGUUGAGCAGGUCGCCCGGGUUGCCGAGGUGGCGACCCCAACCGCCGAGCAGGCUGCCCACGCUGUUGAGGUGGGUAGUGUACCCUGCUUUUUGUGA